UCGGGUCGGGCCGCGCCGAACCGAGCCGAAGCGAAUCGGGGGGACCCGAACCGGGCCGAGCGCAGCCGAAGGGGCUCGGGGGAGCCAUGGGGCAGAUCGAGUGGGCCAUGUGGGCCAACGAGCAGGCGCUGGCGGCCGGGCUCAUCAUGCUGACAGGCGGGAUCGUGGCCGUGGCAGGGCAGUUCAAGGGCUGGUACUUUGCGGCGUACGCCAUCGCUGCAGGUGUCCUGGUCUGCCUGCUUGAGUACCCGAGGAGCAAGAGGAAGAAGGGCUCCACCAUGGAGAGGUGCGGCCAGAGGUACCUGACAGCGGUGGUGAAGCUCUUUGGACCCCUCACAAGGAAUUACUACAUCCGAGCCGUCCUGCACGCCGCCUUGGCCGUCCCCGCCGGCUUCCUCCUCUCCACCAUCCUGGGCACCGUCUGCUUGGGCAUCGCCAGCGCCAUCUACCUGCUGGCUGCAGUGUGUGGGGAGGAGUGGAGCCCCAUUGAGCAGCAGCCCCGGGAGCGACCGCAUGUGUGGGACACCAUCAAGCAGCCCCCCAGCAACCCCCCGCCACGGCCCCCCCCAGAUGCCCGCAGGAAGCAGCCGGUGGAGGGGGGGGGUCAGGUGAACCCCAUCCCCGUGGAGGCUGAGUGAUGGAGGGGGGGGGGACCCUGCUGCUGCUGCUGCUGCUGCUCGUGCUCCUGCUUCCCAAUGUACUGCGGCUGCUGGGGGGGGAAUGGGGUGCUCAGCUCACGGGGAUCUUCAGAUCCACAGGGAUGCUCGGGUCCUGGGGGGUCUCCAGGUGCCAGGGGCUCCCAUCUGCUGUGGAUCCUCAAAUCCCAAGGGAUGCUCAGUUCCCGGGGGGUCCACAGCUCCUUGGGAUCCCCAAAUCCAUGAGGAUCGUCAGUUCUCCCUGGGAUUCCUGGGGAGUCCUCAGAUCCACAGGGAUGCUCAGCUCCUAUGGGGUCUCUCUAGCUCUCGGGGGCUCCCAUCUCCUGUAGGUCCUCAAAUCCCAAGAGAUGCUCAGUUCAAUGAGGCAUCUUGAGCUUCCACAGGCUCCCCAAAUCCCCAGGGAUGCUCAGGUCCACGUGGGGUCUCCGGAUCCCAGGGGCUGCCCAUCUCCUGUGGAUCCCCAAAUCUCCAGGGAUGCUCAGUUCAAUGAGGCAUCUCCAGCUUCCAGGGGCUCCCCAUUUCUUGGGGAUCCCCAGAUCCACAGGGAUGCUCAGCUCCAUGAGGGAUCUCCAGGUCCCAUACGCUCCCCAGGUCUCCAAAUCCCUGGGGAUCAUGAGUUCCCCCUGGGCUCCCCACUGUCCCCAGAUCCCCAGUGAUGCUCAGCUCCCUGAGGGGCCCAGCUCUCCAAGCAGCCCCCAUUUCUCCAGGAUCCCCAAAUCCCUGUGGAACACCAAGCUCCCCAGGAGAUCCCCAUCUCCCCAUGAUGGGGAUCAGCAGCUCCACUCCACACUGGCUCUCGCUGCUUUUUGUCACUUGUGCAGUUGCAAUAAAGGUUGGGAAAGA